GGACUCAGGUGCCAGCUAAUCCGGCUUCUUCCGGGAAAGUGGCCCUUAGGCCAGUCGUAUGGCAUCCUGGGAUUUGAAGUUUCUCCUAGGGCCUCUCUCCCUGGACGACUCCUUGUUUUUGAGGACAAGAUGGACUACAACUCCCAGAGUGCCAAGCGGCAACAGCAGCGGGGUCUUGUUCGCUCGCUGUGGCUGGGCGGCUAGUUCAAGUUGCCAUAGCUGCGAGUCUGGAGAGAGCAGAGUCGGUUGCGCCGCAGCGUCAGGUGAUUUGGGGAAGGUGUAGGGCAACCAAAGAUCGUCUACCUGACUAGGCCUUUUGCCCUGAACCUCAUGAAGAAAUGAUAGGAGGCAGACAUAUGUGCCAAAGAAGAGCACUGAGCUCAGAGGAGAACAACACGGAGUUUUGGGGGUGUGUUUUGAUUGUGUACAUCAAUGGCAGAAUCCUCCAGCGAUUCAGAACACUUUCGCUCUCGUGACCGAUUGAGUCGAUGGACUGCCACGUCAACAUACAGGGAAAGUCUAAGUCGUCCUACAGUAGGCGUCACCGAGAAGGUCAACACUAUAACGAGUACUUUACAGGACACCAGUCGGAACCUGCGACAAGUAGACCAGAUGCUUGGACAGUAUCGGGAAUAUAGUAAUGGACAGGCGGGUGCUAUAGAACAUUUAAAAGAAAGCUUGGAACAAUCAAUAGGCCAAUUGCGGAGUCAGCGUUUAUUGAGAAACUCAGGAGGGAGAAGUAUUUCUGUUACAAGUCUGAGUGCAAGUGACCUCGAUGGUGGCACUGUGACAGAGAGCUACCGUUUUCCACCUACCUCACCUCUCAAGGACUAUGGGGAUCAGCAGGGGAGUAAACGAAUUAGGUCCAGAACUGGUGUCCGAUUUGUUCGGGAGACUGACGACAUGGGCCAGUUUCAUGCUUUUCAUCAGUCCCUCCGAGACCUCAGCAGUGAACAAGUUCGGCUUGGAGACGAUUUCAAUCGGGAAUUUGCCAGAAGAAGCCGGUCGGAUGCUGAAACAAAAAGGGCUUUGGAAGAAUUAGCUGAAAAACUUAACGAAGCCCAAAAGCAAGAAAUGGUUUCAGAUCGGGUGGAACGACGGCUUCAGGAAAUAGAGAGAGAGAUGCGCACAGAAAGGGAGCUGGUGGAAAGACGGCAGGAUCAACUGGGACUUAUUUCUUUGCAGCUACAGGAGGCACUGAAGAAACAAGAAGCUAAAGCAGAUGAAAAUGAGGGAGCCAUGAAAAAUAAGCUAAGACAGACUGAAACUGAGAAGAGUCAACUUGAACAAGAAUUGGAGCUAUCUCGAAGGUUAUUGAAUCAGUCGGAAGGCAGCAGAGAAACACUUCUGCAUCAGGUAGAAGAGCUCCGUACACAACUUUUGAAAGCAGAAGGUGAUCGAAAGGGUUUACAGCAUCAAGUGUCUCAGAUUUCCAAGCAACAAUCAAACCAUCAAGAUGAACAAGGAGAUGACUGGAGGUUUAGGAGAGGGGUUGAGCGGGAAAAAGAGAAUCUGGAGAAGCAGAUGUCAGAUUUGAGGGUGCAGCUGAACUUCAGUGCAAUGGCAUCUGAGUUAGAGGAAGCGAAGCGGUGCAUGGAACGAAAAGACCAGGAGAAGGCACAUUUUGCAGCGCAAGUAGAGAAUUUAACACGUGAAUUGGAGAACAGGGAAAAGCAGCAACUACAGAUGUUGGAUCAACUUAAGGAGAUCCAGAAUCACUUUGAGACUUGUGAGGCCAAACAUAAGUGCGCUGACCUUCAGAUCUCAGAGCUGACUCACCAUGCUGAGGAUGCCACCAAACAGGCCGAGCAGUACCUUCUUGAGUUCCAGCAGUCAGAGGCCCUGAGACAGGCAGCGGAGAAGAGGAGAGAAGAGCUGAAGACGAAAGCUCAGGAGUCCAUUAGACAGUGGAAGCUUAAGCAUAAGAAAAUAGAGCGAGCACUGGAGAAGCAGUCUGAAACUCUUGAGCAACUGACAGACAAGAAUAAUCAGAUUCUAAAAGAAAAGGAUGAAUUGAAAAGCCAGCUUUAUGCAGCGUUACAACAGAUAGAGAAUCUUCGAAAGGAAUUGAAUGACGUCUUAACCAAGCGUGCCCUUCAAGAGGAGGAACUUCACUGUAAGGAGCAGAAACUAAGUGAUAUUAAGGCUCAUCAAGCUGACCUUGAGCUAGAAGUCAAGGAUUCCCUGGACACUAUCCAUAGGCUGGAAAGUGAAUUGAAGAAGCAGAGUAAGAUUCAAAGCCAGGUGAAAGUUGAGAAAGCUCACCUGGAAGAAGAAAUCGCAGCGCUAAAAAAGGGCCAGGCCAAGGACAAAGCUCAACUUCUCGAGAUGCAAGAGGCUGUCAAGGACUUGAGUGCCAUCCGGGCCGAUCUCGCUAAUAAACUGGCUGAGGAACAGAAAGCCAGGAAAGAGGUGCUUAAGACCCUUGCUGACCUCAAGACACAGGUGAAAUCUAGAGAUGAAGAAACAGCUACAAUCGUUACACAGUUAAAGCUAGAACGAGAUGUUCACCAGAGGGAGCUGGAAGAUCUCACAUCAUCAUUGCAGAGUGUGAAAACUAAACACGAGCAGAACAUCCAGGAGCUGAUGAAGCACUUCAAGAAGGAAAAGAGUGAGGCUGAGAAUCAUAUUAGGACACUGAAGGCAGAAAGCAUAGAAGAUAAGAAUACGGCUAAAGUCCAUCGUUGUCAGCUAGAGAAGUUGAAAUCACAGUGUGACAGGCUGACAGAGGAAUUAACCCAGAAUGAACAGGAGAACAAAAAACUGAAGCUAAAAUAUCAGAGUUUGAAGGACCAGCUAGAAGAAAAGGAAAAGCAUAUAAGCAAUGAAGAAGAGUACUUAAGGAGGAUGGAAGAGGCCAGAUUGCAGCUCAAGGAUCAACUUCUUUGCCUGGAGACUGAACAGGAAUCCAUUCUUGGUGUCAUAGGAAAAGAAAUUGAUGCAGCUUGUAAAACCUUCUCCAGGGACUCGAUGGAGAAAUUGAAAGUUUUUUCAUCUGGUCCUGAUAUUAAUUAUGACCCACAUCGCUGGUUGGCAGAAAGCAAGACUAAACUUAAGUGGCUCUGUGAGGAACUGAAGGAGAGAGAAAACAGAGAGAGGAGUCUGCGGCACGAGCUGAUGCUGUGCAGACAACAGCUGAGGAGUAUGACCGAAAACAAGGAAUCUGAGCUCCAGUGUCUCUUCGAACAGAUAGAAAGACAAGAGCAGCUUCUGGAAGAAAUACAACAAGAGAAGAGAGAUCUCCUGGAGGAGACCCACAGAAAAGAUGAAGAGAUGGAAUCUCUGCAGCCAAAGCAACUGUUUAAAAUUCCAUCUUGGGAAGAUGCUAGUCAGACUGCAAUGAAAAAUCAGAAUGAAGCUCAAUUUGAAGAAAAAGCAGACCGUGUAAAUGCAUUAGAAACGAGUACCCGAGUGGCCUUGGACCAUCUGGAGUCUGUGCCUGAGAAACUGAGCUUACUAGAAGAUUUCAAAGACUUCAGAGAUUCCUGCAGUUUAUCUGAGAGAAUUGAUGGGAGAUAUUCUAAAUACAGAGUUCACAAAGAAUCUCUUCAGCAGCGCCGAGAUGAUACCAAGUACGGAGUCAAAAACUCCAAAGAUGACGGAAUCUUUGCUGAGAGUUCCCAUGCUCGUAGGUUAGACCACUCCCCGUCUUGGCCUGAUCGCGGUCACUUCCUGUCUAGUCCACGAUUUUCACACUUGAAUUCAUUUACCAAAAGAACAGUUACUCCAGAUUCACCUUCAAUCAAGGAAGAUGCCAGCAGUUUACCAAUGGAUGGGACAAGUCCACAGUCUAAAAAGGAGGAAUAUGAAAGCAAAAAAAGCAAAAUGUAAUUCGUUGCUCUACAUGAGUGUUUCACAAAUAAUAGCAUAUCUGUCCUUGUUGCAGUCUGGCCUGGAUUAUCAAGCAGACGUAUCUACAGCUUCUGCUCUUUAGCAUUGCCAAACACUGACUAAAAUAACACCAUACUUGGUCUUUGGAAAUUAUAGAAGUUAAACUAAUCCAAGUAAUAUCAGCUCAUGAAUGGCAUACAACUAACUUAUUGGCAACUUAUACCAGCCGAGAAACAGAUAUUUUUCACUUUGCAUUUUCCUUUUUCAGGCAUGGUCAGCCAGUUUUUGAACCAAAAUUUGGAUAUAUAAUUGGGAUGUUUUAAUAAUUACUGGCCAAACAGGAGGGAAAUGAGUUCCCCUCGAGGCAGAAGUUGUCAGCACUUUCGACUCAGGGAGUGUUUAUAUACAAUCGAUUUUUAAAAAUGCUUGCUCCCUAAUAAAUUAUCAUGUGUUAUAACAUGUCAUGGAGAUAUGCAUAUAUAAUACCAGACGGUCUGCUUUAUAAACGCUCAGGAUUGUUACAUUCAUCAUCCCAGCAGUCUGUUAGUACAUGCAGUAUCUUAAAAUUUUAUUCCCAAUCAUCCAUUUUUAAUAGCAAUAAAGAAUUUACAAGUGAUACCUGAAUUGUAGAACACUGUAAAGAAUUCAUAGCACAACUUAUUUAUUUAUCUUUUUGUGGCCAAAUGUCUCACUGCAAUCACUUUGUCAUAUUCUGGACCAUCAUUGGCUUUACUCUCACCAGACUCAAAGUUCCCAGAGUCCUGUGUCAUGAGAUUUACUCCGCAAGAGUUCUCUCAUGAUUCGGUACUAUCUACUUCAGCAUCUCAGCCUUCUUUGACAUCAAAGUGUUUUUAAGAACUUAUGCUCUUUACAUGCUAAUCUACCAGUGGAGAAAGAUUUCUAAUGAUGCUAAUGAAAGGUAAAACAUCCAGGAGCUAAAUCCCACUGGGUCAUGAUGGAAAAUUCUUCGUAGGGACAAGGGCAAUAAAGCAAUGCCUUCGUAAUUACAUUUGUGCUCUUUAAAGUGUACUUGCUUAUUCUCAUAUUUGUGAAGAUGCUUCUAUUUCCACCACCAUGUCUUACUAACUUACUAUAUUUGAAUGUCCAGAGCAAAUGACACUCUUUGUUUAUAAACUUGAUUGGAAAGGCUACUACAGAGAACGGAGAUCUUUGUCUCAAAAGAUUACAUAAUACAAUCUCCAUAAGCUCUGAGAGUACAACCAUGAGUUUUACCAUUUAUUCAUGACAAAAAUCUUGUAUUGAGUUCCUACUAUGGGAUAGUCAUUGCGCUAAGAGGGAAAAAAGAGACACAAACAGCUAUGCAUGACCCAAAGUUUAUUUGGCAUUAGGAAUUGCAUGAAAAAGGAGUGAUGUGUUCAGGCUAGCUUGAGAAAUUCUGCAUUAGACAACAUUAAACAGGUUUGGUUUUGUUUUGUCUAACCUCAGGACUUCAAGCCGUUAAUGUGCUAAUGAGCACUGUGGGGUUUAGUGGGAGUAGCCCUUUUUGAAGGAGCAGCUCACAAUCCUGGUGUUUCUCAGAACCUAUAUUACACUAUAGUAAUACUGGGGGUAUUGAGAAAUUAUGUCAAUAUUUUCAUUGAUGUGUUGACCAAUACUAUAAUAUUUUAUCUCCUUGGAUCUAAGUGACUAACUGGGAAGAAAAUAAGGGACAAUAUUAACACAUUUUAUUUAAAUCCUAUGGAUAAAAGUGAGUUAAAUAGCUUUUCCCUUAAUGUGUUAGUAGGAAUGCCAUGCACUCCAUUCUUUUUUAGUAGGAAUUGAUUUAAACCACUCUUAGUACCUCUGUGGCCAUUAAAAAAAUUACACCAGGCCAGUUAGACCUGAAAGUUGAAGGUAACACAGGUUAUUUACCUGGAAAAUCCUUGAAAACAUAUUAGCUGAUGAUUUUAUAACAGAAUGGAGAGGGACCUUAUGAAAGACCUUUUUUAAUCUGAAAAAAAUAAAGCCAUUAUAUCAUAUUAUUGAAGGCCUUGUGCUACUGUUGGAUGAAUGAAGGUGUCUGACUUUAAAUAUGGAACACACAAGAACUUCAAAGGCAAAGUCAACUUUUUGUGAGCAAAAAUUUUGUCAAAAUUCCUUGGCCCUCUGUUUAUAUGGAAUUGAAUCCAAGGACCUGUCUUCUCAGAGGAUUUUUUCCUAUCUCUUGCAGUCAGUCACUGUAAGCUCAAGUUGGAAAUCAAAAGGAAUGCUAAGGAAACACUAAUAGCUUGAUUUGUACAUUUCAAAGCCAGCAACUGUUUUUCCUUCACUCACCCCUUUGGCAGAAUAACCUGUGAUAUCAGCCCCAUUUGAGUUGUGGUUGGUCAGCCAUAUUGCUUAUAGUACUGGGACAUUGGAAGGGAUCAACCUUAUUCUUGCAGUGAGCCUGGUCCAAGACUUAAUUUGAAGAUUGACCUUUUUGGUUUAAUAAUUUUGAUUCUUCUGGCCAUCUUUCUCCCUAAACACACUAAACUUCCAUUGAAGUUACUGAAGGCCACAGAAGGGAGAAACACAGCUGGGAGAAAUCUGGCUGGAUGUUUUUCCCAUUGGCUAAGGUUAUUAUUAUUUCCUUGACUAGUGUCUGAUUUAAAGGUUGGAAACUGGUUGGUUACAUAACAUCUUAUGCAUCCAGUUUCCCAGAAUCACCGGCUUUUCUUCUUAUUGUUACAGUUUACAUAUCUUUACUAAUAAAAGAUAUAAAUUCUAUAACUUAACAAAAAAGUACACAUAAGGCAUUUGAAUUUAAAGGUUACAUAGAUUAGAAGUGCCUACCUACUUAGCUAAGAAAACAAGCCUAUUUUUUUUUUUUUUCAUUUUCAUCUUUUCAGCUAUGGUUUUUGAGGCUCUGGUCAGUGGUAUAUGUAAGGUGUAUUUACACUCAUAGUAAUUGUUACAUUUUCUUUAAUGUGUAUUAAAAUAGCAAAUAUUGUUUUAAAUGGAGCCAAAUUCUUACACAUAAUUAGAUGGGUAUAUUUACUUAGCCAGACCCUUUUUAGGAAAGGGUUAGGAAUCUCAAAUUGUUUUACUCAGGUUUUGUACUAUAAACCC